GGAUACCUUAAGUAAAUAAAAAAUUGAAUUCCCUGUCAAGUGAACAUCAGUUGGGAGAUGCUCUGUCUUCAUUCUGGCCUGAGGUCUCAUGGCUUACUAUGAGUGAUUCUGAAUCUGGCCAUGGAUCCAAGUGCUGCCCAAGGAGAAAAAAGCAAAGUCUCCGAGACCAUGAAGGCAAAGAUUGAGAGGAACCGUCAGCGGGCUUUGAUGCUUAGGCAAGCUAGACUGGCGAACUGGCCCUACCCUUCUACUGGCGAAGGCAGUUCAAAAGUUAAAGCACCUUCAAAGACAAUAGAUACAGGAGGAGGGUUUUUUCUGGAGGAGGAAGAAGAAGAAGAGACAAAUCGACACCAAACUGGGAAAAUUGUGUAUCCCCCUGGUCCAGUAUUAGAAUUUGAUUAUCUGAUCUGUGAAGAAUGUGGGAAGGAAUUCAUGGACUCGUAUCUCAUGAACCAUUUUGACCUGGCAACAUGUGAUAAUUGCAGGUACAGCAAUUUUGUUUUUGUACUUUCAAGUCAGUCCUGACUCCUGGCAACUGUGGAUUAAGAAUGACUAAAUAAGUGGAUUUAGUGUUUAACAAAUGGUUUCAUUUUGUUUGUAUUGCAAAAAUUUCUAGCUCGGUGUAAAAAAUAAAUAUUAUAAACCCAGAGUCAUUUGGGGUUGGGCAGCAUCAAAUCAAUCGAUUAAAAAUAUUAUGACAUUUAACAAGGGAUAAUCCAAAACGAAUAAUCAAAAUAUUUUUAAAAGUAUACCAGCACCCUAAAUGUUGGUAAUAUGCAUAUAAUGCAAAUGAAUAAUUUUAAACCCAUACAUUUUAACAGAAACUGAGUGUAUGAUGUUAUAUCACCUUUUGCAAGAAUAUAUUCAAUUGAACACAAUGACAUU